AACCGUUGGGAAAUUAAAUGACUAAAAGACCCUUAGAGGACAUCUUAUAUUUAUUUGCCUCUAUAUCGAUACAACUUCGUUUCUGUUAUUUUUCUCUUUCUCUCAGUAACUAGGGAUGAACCUUAUGGGAAGAAAGGGUUGCUAAAGAUCAUCAUCAAAGUAGGCUAAUAGUGUGAAUGGCGAACAAGCGUAAGAUUGGUGCAGACGAGGUUAUCUCACAGCUCAAAGAUGAUGGUGAUUUUGAUAAGAUUCGUGUCAAGAUCAUUCGAACGGUCAAGGAAAAUGAAGAGUUACGUAACAACAUUAUUUCAGCUGUGAAGCAAUCAGCAGCACUCAAUCGUCCAGGAGCUGAGAAGUUAAAGCCUAGACAACUAUCAGAUGCUGUUUUUGAUGAGAUUGGGAGUACUGUGAUGACCCAUAUUUCUGAUGCUCUUUGGGGUGUUAUUAGAUCGCGUGGUGGACUGGAAGAUGAAAUUAGGGAGACUGUUAAAUCUGUAUACAACCGGUUAAUGAAUCCUAAAAGGAAGGAUGUGGAUGAGUCAUCUUCUCCCAUUGGCCCAAGAAGUCGUGGCAAUGAAGUUGUUAGCAAUAGUUCUCUACCAAUCUCUGCCGAUGAAAGAGAAAACAAUUUGUCUGAAAUUGAACCAGAAGGACCUCCAGGGUUCAAUAUGUGCAAUCCGCAAUCAAACAACGGUGAGGCUGAAAACAAGGAGGCCCAGCCAGUUGUAUCUCAACUUGCUGUAGACGGUGUAAAAGUGAAAGAAGAACCCAACCAUGAAAAUGAUGCACCGCAAUUGAACAAUGGUUCAAGUGUUCCACCUGGAUUUGGGUCGUCAGCAGAUAGCAAGGAGCCAAGCUAUAUUAGCGAUGAUGAUCCUGAGUUCCCCCCUGGUUUCGGUUGACUCACUGCGGAAGUUCGACUUGUCAACCAGUGAUGACAAAGGUGUUUGGACAGAAGAUAUCGCUUUUGGGUUUUUUUGUGCAGUUUUGGAUGAAGGACUCAAAAUCCAUUUUGCUGAAAUGAUAUCGCCAUAAAAGUACUUACAUGAAGAUAUGUGUUAACUUAACUUAGGUGCUUUAACUAUUGUUACCUUUAAGUUUAAAUUCAAGUGUCCAUAGGAAACUAACUUUAUCAUCAGAAAGUUUCAAGUGAAUUGAUUAUGUUACUCUGUUUUAGCUGACCAUGUCAUGAAAAUUUGAACUUCAAAUGUGGUGUUCUUUUUUGUUAAUAUAGAUGUGAGUGAGAAUAGUAGGCUCCC